AAAUAAUCUCAAAUUUAUUGUUAUCUCUAUUUUUAUUUAUUUUGUGGUUUAGGUAACUUCUCUAAAAAGUUAGUAUGGUUUAGGAAUUAGGAGUUGGUACUAGUCGAGUAGGAUUAGGAAAUUUAGUUGGUCUUGGGAGUCCUUAGCCACUAUAUAUAUGGUGGAGAAGAUAAGCCAAGAACCAUUCAUCAUCUUCCUUCGAAGCUUCUGUCAUCAGAGCUCUCUCAAUCCCUGGAGAUAUGUCAGAGAACAACACUAAUGCAGAUAUUGUUAGCAAUACCUUUGUGAAGCAAUACUUUCACAUUCUUAACGAAGAACCUCACUAUCUUCAUAUCUUCUACAAUGAACCAUGUCUAUUUAACCGUCAUGAUCUUGCAACCCACGUCAAGAAAACUUUUUGGACGAAGAAAGAGGUGAAAGAUGAGUUUCUGGCUAUGAGAUACGAAGAUUACACGGCGGAGAUUGAAACUUCACUUGGUAUACCAUAUCCUAAGGAGAAUGGUCGUGUUAUUGUGUUUGUCAAUGGUUACUUGACUAGGAAGAAAGAUUACGUGAGGAAGAAGUUUACACAAACGUUUCUUCUGGCUCAACAAGACAACGGCUUCUGUGUCGUUAACGAUAUUUUAAGGUUCAAGGAAAUGCAGACACAGCUACCAACCUUAAACCCAAUUGCUCCUCCUCAAAAACCAGCAGCAACGGAGAGUUAAGCUUCUGUUAACAAGAAAGCUCUAAAGGGGAAGAUGAUGAUGAGUGGUCUAAGGGUUUCUGUUUCAGGGUUCUAGACGUAUGUGUUCCAAGGGUCGGGUUUCUUGGUUUAAGGAUACUAGGAAAUUAGGAAUCGAAUCGAAAGAUGCAGGUUCCUAUUAACAAAAUAUAGUUAUUUUUCUAGUGGUUUUGUAGAGAUUUAUCUUUGGUUUAUAGUAAAUCUCAAUGUUUCAACUGUUACAAAAGUAUAAAAAAUUCACAAAAAAUUAUGAUAUAAUUUCUAAAGAAAUUCCAACCAUCUAAUUACAUUUGUGAACGUCCUAAAUGUAACUGACCUACUUCUAUUCAAGUUUUGCAUCCCAACCUAAAACAUAUAUAAGUUUAUAAGAAGCUUGAGCUAAUAAUAUUUCUCUUAUGCUGAAGUCUUCUAAUUGUAAAUUCAUUCAUCUCCAA